GCAAAAGAGCCUAUGCUGAAACGCUCGCUCCGGCCUCGCAUCAAUCAUGGCCGAUCAGCAAAAGCGAAACAUUGUAAUCAUAGGCGGCGGCAUCAUCGGCUGCACAACGGCCUACUUCCUCUCGCACCACCUUGCCUUUGACAGAGAAAGGGAUAGCAUCACGCUGCUGGAGGCGACGGAGAUUGCGGGCGGGGCGUCGGGGAAGGCGGGCGGGUUGCUGGCGCUGUGGGCGUAUCCCGAGUGUAUUGUGGGGUUGAGUUAUCGGUUGCAUAAGGAGCUCGCAGAACUCCACGACGGCGCCUCCCGCUGGGGCUACCGCACCCUCCACUGCGGCCAAGUCGACGCCAUAGCCCGCCCUCCCCCAUCAUCCAACGACAACAACAACAACCCGAAAGAUGCAGCACCACCCACACCCCCUCAAUCCCUCUCCCUCCAAAAACGCCGUAAAAGCACCCAGGAACCCACCACCACCGCCCUCCUCCUCCUCCGCAAAGCCGGCGUCCCUCCGGACGUCGACUGGCUAGACCCAACCUGCAUAACCGCCUACACAGCCAUGGGCACCCCCUCCACCACAGCGCAAGUCCAUCCGUACCAAUUCACCACGUCGAUGGCGCGCCUCGCCGAGGAGAAAGGCGUGAAUAUCAUCUACGGCACCGCUACGAAGAUCCACCAGGAAGAAGACGCAGCAGUCACAGGUGUAACCUACAUUCCCAAAAACGCGACGCCCGAAGAAGAAAAGGAGGGGAAGUACAUACAAGCCGACACGGUGAUACUAACCGCGGGACCCUGGACAAGGACGCUCUACCCUUCGGCACCAAUCUCAGCACUGAGAGCGCACAGCGUGACGAUCCGGCCCUCGAAGCCCGUCUCUGCGUACGCGCUCUUCACGUCCAUCGAGCUCCCAAACCCCGAAAUGCAGAAAGGAGGUAAAUCAAUGCGAGGCCGAACCCAGACCACAACAGUGACACCGGAAAUCUACGCCCGGCCCAACAACGAAGUCUACGCCUGCGGCUCGGGGGACACCCUCGUGCCCCUGCCCCUUUCCACCUCCGCCGUCCAGGUCGAUCCCGCCCGCUGCGCGGACGUCGUCGCGCACGUCUGUAGCAUUUCCCCGGCCCUGCGUGAGGGAGAGGUUACAGCGCGUCAGGCGUGCUAUUUACCCACCGUGGAUACCGGUGGGGGACCCUUGGUCGGCAGGACGAGUGUAAAAGGGUUGUUGAUUGGGGCCGGGCAUUCGUGCUGGGGGAUUCAGAAUGCGCCGGGGACGGGGCGGUGUUUGAGUGAGGUGGUUUGGGAGGGGGAGGUGAGGAGUGCGGAGGUGGGGGGGUUGGAUCCUAGGGGGUUUGGGCUGUGA